UUUAUGUCCAUGACCUCCCUCCACAGUUCAAUGAGGAAAUGCUUAAAGACUGCAAGAGUCUAAGUCUCUGGACCAAUAUGUGCAAGUUCACCACCAAUGCUGGGCUUGGCCCUCCAUUGGAAGAAGAUAUUGAAGGGGUUUUCUCCAAUUCUAAAAUGUACGCCACCAACCAGUUUGCUCUGGAUGUGAUCUUCAACAACAGAAUGAAACAGUACAAGUGUUUGACUCGAAAUUCUUCGAUUGCUGCUGCCAUCUUUGUCCCAUUCUAUGCUGGAUUGGAUAUUUCUCGACACCUUUGGGGUUACAAUGCCUCUGUUCGAGAUGUAUUAUCACUAGCUUUGGUGGAUUGGCUUGUCAAGACACCUGAGUGGAAGGUCAUGGGUGGUAAGGAUCAUUUCCUGGUUGCUGGUCGAAUAACUUGGGAUUUCAGAAGAUUAACUGAUCAAGACUCUAAAUGGGGUAGCAAGCUCUUCACUCUCCCAGCUGCGAAGAACAUGUCGAUGCUUGUAAUCGAAUCGAGCGCGUGGAAUGGCAAUGAUUUUGCAAUUCCAUAUCCAACCUACUUCCAUCCAGCAAAGGAUUCUGAUGUCUUUGUAUGGCAAGAUCGAAUGAGGAAAUUGGAAAGACCAUGGCUUUUCUCAUUUGCAGGAGCUCCACGCCCUGGCUAUCCAAAAUUAGCAAGAGAUCAUAUCAUUGAACAAUGCAAGAAUUCCAAUGUCUGCAAGUUAAUUGAAUGUAAUUCUGGGCAGAACAGUAAGUGUCAUUCUCCCAGCAGUAUAAUUCAAAUGUUUCAGAGUUCUGUAUUUUGCCUUCAACCUCAAGGUGAUUCAUUUACAAGAAGAUCAUCUUUUGAUUCAAUGAUGGCUGGUUGUAUACCUGUGUUCUUCCAUCCUGGUUCAGCUUACACCCAAUACACUUGGCAUCUACCAAGGAAUUAUUCAAAAUACUCUGUUUUCAUUCCAGCAGAUGAUGUUUGGAAAAAGAAUGUUAGCAUAGAGGAAAGGCUUCUGCAAAUUUCUCCUGAACAGGUGAAGAUCAUGAGGGAAGAGGUUAUAAGUUUGAUACCAAGAUUGAUAUAUGCAGAUCCAAGGUCAAGAUUGGAAACUCUUAAAGAUGCAUUUGAUGUAGCUGUGGAGGGUGUCAUUGACAAAGUUACCAAGUUGAGAAAGGAUAUCAUUGAAGGUCAUGAAGAUAGAAAUUUUAAUGAGGAGAUUGCUUGGAAGUAUGCUCUGUUAGAGGAAGGACAACAUGAGGUAGGGCCUCAUGAAUGGGAUUCUUUCUUCUGAAAACCAAAUUAAGAAUGAUG